AUGUGGCAGUUAAGCGUAGAUGGAGCGUCGAACCAAAAAGGAGCUGGAGCAGGCGUCGUCAUCGUCACCCCGGAUGGAACCCUGUUAGAGCAAGCUAUCACACUUGGCUUCCCGGCUUCAAAUAAUGAGGCAGAGUACGAGGCAUUGCUCGCUGGCUUGCGCUUGGCAAAUGAGCUAUCAAUCAAGAAGCUGGCCAUCUACUCGGAUUCCCAGCUGAUCACAAGUCAAGCCUCAGGAGAAUACAUGGCGAAGCACCCAAGGAUGAUCUUGUACCUUGACAAAGUCCAAGAGCUGUUGAAGGCGUUUCCCACCUUCACCAUCCAGCAGGUGCCCCAAGUAGAGAACGCGCACGCAGAUGUACUGGUAAGCUUAGGAUCAGCACUAGAUACCCAGUUCAGACGCUUCAUCCCGGUCGAGCACCUUGACCAGCCUACCGUAGAAGAGGCAGAACAGCCGGACCUGAUGCAGAUCUACAAGGAUUCUAGCUGGCAAGAACCCAUCAUUGACUACCUAGAGAAUGAAAACUUGCCCCAGGACAAGUCUAAGGCCAGGAAAAUCAAGCAGAAGGCUGCAAGAUAUUACAUGAAAGGCUACACACAUAUCCGCAGAUCAUACUACGGGCCUCAUCUCACUUGCAUCAAGUACCCGCAGACGCUCGAGGUUCUCUGCAAAAUACACGACGGUGAAUGUGGAAAUCACGCUGGAGGCAGGUCGCUUGCUCAGAAGGCUCUCAGCAUCGGCUAUUUCUGGCCUACCAUGCGCAAAGACUCCACGGAGUAUGCUCGAAGAUGUGAUCGAUGCCAACGGUACAAGCCAAUCCCUAGCUUGCCAGCUGAGGAAUACCAUCCGCAAAACAGUCCAUGGCCGUUCAUGCAAUGGGCCAUUGACUUGGUGGGACCUAUGCCGACAGCACCUGCCAAUAAGGAGAUGAUGAUCGUUGCCACUGCUUACUUCACCAAAUGGAUCGAGGCCGAGGCUUUAUCUUCUACCAAGGAAGAUGACGUUGAGCGGUUCAUCUGGAAGAACAUCAUUUGCAGAUUCGAUUGCCCGCAAUCAAUAGUUACCGACAAAGGUACACAGUUCGUGGGCAGGCAGAUCACUGCAUUCCUUGCGAAGUAUGGCAUCAAGCAACAUCUGUCAACUCCCAGAUUCCCGCAAGGCAAUGGCCAAGCAGAGGCAUCCAACAAGAUCGUGGUGGACUGCCUAAAGAAAAGACUGGAAGGCGCAUAA